AUGUUCCGACAGUUGUGCACGUUCAGAGUACAUGCGAACCCUCGCCUACACAUAUUGCCAGCCGUCGUUGUACUCUUUUUGGUCUUUAUCCUGUUGCCAAACCCAUACUCGAGCGACGUCCAACUAGGACGUCUUUUUGCAGUUUCAACAGUCCAGCCCAGACAAGCCGCGGCGAAUGCGACCCUUGGGUUCCAAAGGUUGAUAGCACUUUCGUCCAAACCCAGCUGGAGAACUCGCGGCCUCCAAGCGGCCGCCAAGCUCACGGGACUGGACUUCACCAUACCGCCACAACCGCACAACCCCGUGGAAUUCGUCGUUGCGUUCGAGGACAUCGGCCUCGGCCAGACUACCACACCCAAGCAUGGCUCUGCCUCGGCGUGGGUUGCGCAUCUCGACCUCCUCAAAUUCGUGAUCGCAUCUGGCCUCGAGACCGCAUUUAUUGUCGAAGAUGACGUUGACUGGGAUGUGCGCAUCAAAGACCAAAUCAAACUGAUCUCCGACAACGUCCGGAACUAUACAUUCGUGCCCAAGUCCGAUCCCACGCCCUACGGCGCGGACUGGGACGUCCUCUGGCUGGGCCAUUGCGGCGGCGCCAUCGAGGACUGGGCGCCCCCGGGCGUGAUUUACGCCGACGACACGCGCAUCCCCACCGACUCGUACGCCUCGUGGUCGACGGGCUAUCUCCAACAGCGACUGCCCGAAGGGCACCGCAUGAUUCACGUCUCAACCACGACGGUGUGCAGCUUCGGAUACGGCGUGACGAGGGCCUCGGCGCAGAAGAUCCUCACUCUCCUCGGGCGUGGCGCGGACGAAGCCUUCGACGUCGCAUUGUCGCACCAUUGCCGCGAGAGGGAACUGCGGUGUCUGGUCGUCAACCCGCAGAUCAUGCACCACUACGAGCCGUCCAAGGAUCUGGGGUAUGUGAGUCCCGUCGAUUCCGGCGACGGGGAGGGCGAGCCCGUGGACGAGGCCGAGUUCGAGUUUAUCAAGGGCAAGACGUUCAACAUUGUGGAGAGUGCACGUUGUCGGGCCUUGUUCAACGACACGUGCGCUUGA